AUGAAGCUUUUUGGAGGCUGUGUAAAGUUUGAGUUGGAGGAACGCUGGCCAGUUCCUCCCCCCGACCCUUCCCCGGGAUCAGAACCCAAAAGCAGAGCCAAAGCACCCGGCUUUGUCACCCCAUGGCGGGGACCGGGCUGUCCCCCUGCCCCGGGGCAUCCUCAGGGACGGGGACACGGGGACCUGCACCGGGACAAGGCGGGGACCGCGCUGUCCCCCUGCCCCGGGGCAUCCCCGAGCGCAGCGGACACGGGGACCUUCGCCCUGCCAGGUCCCGCUGUCACCUCCCGGAGCCCGCACCUCCCCCCGCCCAUCACCCCGCAGCCAGGGCCGCCCCGGGCCCUUCACCUCCGCGGGGCCUCAGCGGUGGCCGCCCCGCGGGCCUCUCUCCCGCCCGGGCCCCGGCAGCCCCAUUCCCGGGAGGCGUUCGGGGCCCAGCACGGGCCCGGCCCGGCCCGACCGCGGCGCCGGGAGGGGAAAAAAAACCCGAGCGGCAAAAUGGCGACGGGCGGCGGGCGGAGCGGGGACCGGGGGGGUUGGAGGGGGGGGAUCCCCUUCACGGCGGGCCCAUGGCGGGAGGGGAGCGGCGGGGCCGGGCCGCAGCUCGGUGCUUACCUCGGCGGAGGCGGCGGAACGCGGUGCGGGGCGCGGAGAGCCGGGCCGGGCCGGGUCACCCCUCCCCGGCCGGCGAGGCGGUGCCGCCCGCCGCCCCCGGCUGCGGGCCGGGCCGUGCGGGGCUCCCCGGCGCGCCCACACCCGCGGCGGCACCGCGCUCCGCUGCCGCGCUCCCACCCGCCCCUCACCGCGGCUCAUGCGCGCUCCCCGGACCGCCCCGCCCGGCCCGGCCCGCCCCGCGCUCCGCCGCCGCCACCGCCACUGCCGGCCCCGCCGAUCUCGCGUGGUUCCGACGACGGGGCCGGAACCGGGACCGGCAGCGGACGGGGGAGGGAGGUGUCCCGGGAGGGAAGGCGGGAGCGGGCAGCGGAUGGAGCCGAGGAGUGGGAUGAGGAUGAGAGGGAGGUUCUGGACAGCCCGGCUCCCCCAGUGGGGUUUGUACAGACGUUUGGAGAGCAGCUCGGCCACGGGCUGCUUGAAGUACAGAAACUCUGGAAUAAUGCAAGGUAA